AUGUCGUUACCGGUGAGACCGUCGUCCGCUACUCAAUUCGACUUUUCACACGACUCGCAAUCAACAAGUACUUCACACAUUAAAAACACGUCCGAGUCGAGGCAAGAGCGAACUACCGUACCACCAGAUCCCAAAACACCAAACAAAAGAGCAAAGAUGUCUCAUUCUAGACCAAACUCAUCAUCUCUCUCUUCAGCUCACUUAUAUCCUUCUGAGCAGACCUCACCUGUUGCUCCGAAUCUGCCAAGCCAGACCGCAGACACUGCCAUUCCGAGCAUAGAGAACAGCUCGUCCAACAUAGCAACCAAUGACUUUCCACCUCAGACUCAGCAGGCGCUGGCACCUAUGUCUGCACCUGAAUCAAUGGUCGCGCCAACAUCCAACAUGGGCGCUAAACGCGAACCCAAGCAGAGCCCAAAGCGAGCACGCGAAGAGGAGGAUGACGAAGAAGAAGAGGAAGCCUUCGACACACCACCACCCAAGAGAUCGGCCAGAAAAGCAAAGAGACCAACAAGUAGCAAGAGUGCUACAAAGAAAGCUGCCGCUCCCAAGACGUCUGCUUCCAACAAACCGGCAAAUUUGAAGAACACCCCCGCGAAGAAGCCUAUAGCCGCACUUCCACCAUUACCCAGCUCGCGUCCAUCACGGACCCGCAAAGCACCAGAGCGCUUCGAGGAUCUUGAGGAGAAGACUACCCCCAAAGCUCUUCCUGCCAAAAAGGGGGCCAGUAAGGUUUUUGAUCCUGUCUAUAUAACCACCAAUUCCUCCAGCCGCCUCGUCAAAGCCGAUGUUUACCACAUGCUUCUUGAAAGCCCAGCCUGGAACUCUCUUACCGCAUCCCAACAAUCCACUCUCAUCUCCAUGCUCCCCGAAUCUCCCGACAACGUCGACCUCCUCGCCAAAACCUCUGCUGGGGAAACGGUAGAUACGCGACCAGCCGCGUUUACACUAGCAAACAACUGCUUCCGGACAGACGUCGCCAAGUUCCAGGAGGAUCUCAAGAAUGGUCAUUUGGCGAAGACGUGGCAAGCUGCUGCUGAGCAGGCGGUUGUGGAGAGGGCGGCGGGGGAGUAUGAUGGGUGGAAGGCGGAGGAGGCGGAGGCUUGGUGGGGGCAGAAGGUUUCUCCUAGGCAACCAACAUCGGCUCACUCUUCUACACUCAAAUACCAAUCCACCUGGACGGUCACACGAUCAACAGCGACGUCUUUACCCAAUUCGAUAUCUCUAACAGGAACUAUGACCUCUAGAUUUCGGCUAAUGGACCUUCCGGGGGAGCUGUUUGACAAUGUCAUUGCGCAUUACGUACAGAGUGUUCCCGUUAGUGAUGCCUAUGCUACUCGUGCAGUGUCCAGAAUAUUUGGCCAAGCUAUAAGCUACCAGAUCAUUCACCAUUUACCCGAGGAGAGUUUCAACGGAUACGGUAGCCGUGGAAGAGAUGUCUGGAACUACAUAUCAGCCGACUGGCUCGGAAGCCCAGUUCGGAAGAGGAAGAAUGAACCCUUGGUCACUUUUAUCGAUAAAUGUGCUGAUACUGUCCUCGAGAUCGAGGGUAAAUCCUCUGACGACGAGAGGAAGACUCGAUACCUCCAGGAUAUCAUCCGGUACACGACUCGAGGGGAAAGCCCCGCGACGUUUGCACUGGUGAUUUACCCAGUAGACCCCCCUGAUUACAUAGAGCGUCCUUCUCAGAGAGUGGCCAAUUUGACAAGCGCCGCUGCAGUAGGCAGCCUUGUAGCGGUCAAGCAUCUACUGAAAAAGUAUCCAAAGAGCUGGCCUUCGUCCGAAUAUCUCAAGUGGAACUACGACCAGGGUGGCCUCUUUGACCCUGUCGGAGCAGCAGCAUCUAACGGACAUGUUAAAGUCCUGCAGCAUUUACUGUAUAGACUUCGGCCUUUGGUGGACCAAAAAUCUGGACUACCUCGAGGCGCUCCGCAACAUGAGCUCCAGCAGUUGAACCGUCGACUCUACUCCAUCUUCUGUCUGGCCAUCCGCUCAAAACACUGUCCGACGAUCCAAACUCUUGCAGAUUUCGCUCAAAAGUACAGGAUGUCUUUCGGCUUCUACUAUGACAGCUAUAGCCCAGAACAGGGUGACAAGUGGAUCAAGCAUGCUGUCAAGACUGGUUGUUUCAAGACUUUUCAGACUACCGUGUCUGCGAUGAUGAACAUCAACCCCAAGGCUUACCAUUCACUAAAAGAUCACUAUCUAAAAUCAGCCUUUUGGUAUUCUUGCAUUUUAGGCCAGGGAGAGGUUCUUCAGUGUCUCAUUGCUCAAGACCGCGUCUUACUGCACAGACAUGGCAGAUAUGGUAUGAAGUUGGCUGCUAGACACCUCUGCCGGAACAUCAUUACCAUCCUCCUCGAAAAUGGCGUCUCAAUCAAUGAUGGCAAGCCCGUCCAGGAAGCAAUCAAGUACGAAAAUACCUCUAUAGUUGAGUUCAUGAUUGCCCACGGCGCAAAGGUAGAUGCAAAGGUAGAUGCAAAGGUAGUUGCAAAGGUGGAUGCAAAGGUGGAUGCACAGAUUAUCGUCGUCGACGCAAACACUGAGCGCAAUCGAAACGCAUCGGCGACCUAUUUCACAGCCGACAUCCUACAACGCGACAAGUUGGCCCAAAUAUUCCAAGACGUGCAACCCCAAGUGGUGCUGCACACGAUCUCGCCCUACCCCUUCGAAGUCAAUCAUGCACUGCUAGAACAAGUCAACGUAGUCGGGACGCAAAACAUACUCGAAUGCACUAAAGCUGUCGGCACCGUUCGCGCACUAGUAUACACAUCUAGCUCCUCCGUGGUGCACAACCAGCGCUCGCCCAUGGUCGAAGCAACCGAGGACCAGCCCGUUCUCUUGUAUCCCAACCAACCCGAAUACUACUCGCACACUAAAGCUCUUGCAGAGAAGAUGGUGCUAGCUGCGAACCGCGAGAAUGGCCUGCUGACUGCUGUAGUCCGACCGGCUGCACUGUACGGUGCUGGUGACAGCACCAUGACUACCAACAUCACGCAGCAAGCGCUCAGUGGUCGCGCUAACAUCCAGUUCGGACACCAGUCCUACCUCUACGAUACGUGCUACGUAGAGAACUGCACUUAUGCGCAACAGCUACUUGUGAAAGCGCUGCUUGAUGCUUCUUCUUCGGCGCCAUUGUCCGCAGACAAGAAGAUCGAAGGGGAAGCCUUCUUCGUCACAAACGACGAACACAUUCCGUUUUGGAACAUCGCUAGAAUGGUUUCUGAACUCCUUGGGACACCCGUCAAGGAUGAGCAAGGGUGGAAGAAGUCGCUCGAGUGGGCUGUGGAGUAUGUAAAGGCUAACAAGGGGGGAAAGACGGCGUAG